GAGGGGCAGGGCGGGAGAGAAAGAAAACCCGACUGACCGGCUGGCCAAGAGCUGCAUGCAACCGGUGGGAGGCCGGGCCGGCUGGGGCUGGGGCUUGGGCUCGGGCCGUUUCUCGGCGGGUCCCUGGCGGCGAGCGCGGACGGCCCGGAGGCGGCGGCUCUGAGCUGGCAGGCGGAGGGUUGUCUCCCGCGCCCGCCUGCCGGGCUCGGUCCGAGGAUGCGGGGGGGCGAUGCCCGGGGCCAGGGACGCGCUCUGUCACCAGGCGCUGCAGCUGCUGGCCGAGCUCUGUGCCCGCGGGGCCUUGGAGCACGACAGCUGCCAGGAUUUCAUCUACCACCUGCGGGACCGCGCCAGACCCCGGCUCCGCGACCCAGAUAUCUCAGUGAGCCUGCUGACCCUUGUGGUCACUGCCUGUGGCCUCGCCCUCUUUGGCGUGUCUCUCUUCGUGUCUUGGAAACUCUGCUGGGUUCCGUGGCGAGAACGAGGCCUGUUCUCUGGUAGCAAAGACAACAAUCAGGAACCUCUUAACUACAUGGACACAGAGACCAACGAGCAGGAGAACAGUGAGGGCUUCCUAGACCCUCCCACCCCUUGUCCAGACUCCUCCAUGAAGAUCAGCCACACCUCCCCUGACAUUCCCCUCUCGAUCCAGACAGGGGACCAGGAGAACUGUGCCCAUGGCGUCCGUGUGCAGCGCCAAGUCACAGAGCCAACCUCAUCAGCUCGGCAUAAUUCAAUCCGAAGACAACUCAACCUGUCAAACCCAGACUUCAAUAUCCAACAGCUUCAAAAACAGGAACAGUUGACUGGAAUUGGUCGAAUUAAACCGGAGUUAUAUAAGCAGAGGUCAUUGGAUAAUGAGGAUGGGAAAAGGAGUAACAGCAAAGCCUGUGGGAAGCUGAACUUCAUUUUAAAAUAUGACUGUGACUUAGAGCAACUCAUAGUGAAGAUUCACAAAGCUGUCAAUUUGCCCGCCAAGGACUUUUCUGGGACUUCAGAUCCUUAUGUCAAGAUCUAUUUGCUUCCCGAUCGGAAAACGAAACACCAGACUAAAGUUCACAGGAAGACCCUGAACCCUGUGUUUGAUGAAGUGUUUUUGUUUCCGGUUCCCUACAAUGACCUUGUAGCCCGGAAGCUUCACUUCUCUGUCUAUGACUUUGACAGGUUCUCUCGCCAUGACUUAAUCGGCCAAGUGGUGGUGGAUCACUUCUUAGACUUGACUGAUUUCCCCAGGGAGUGCAUCCUUUGGAAGGAUAUCGAAUACGUCACCAAUGACAACGUGGAUCUUGGAGAGCUGAUGUUUUCCCUCUGCUAUCUUCCCACGGCUGGCAGGCUGACCAUUACCAUUAUAAAAGCAAGGAAUUUAAAGGCAAUGGACAUAACAGGAGCAUCAGAUCCCUACGUGAAAGUCUCAUUGAUGUGUGAUGGCAGGCGAUUGAAGAAGAGGAAAACGUCCACCAAGAGGAACACUCUGAAUCCUGUUUACAACGAAGCCAUAGUCUUUGACGUCCCUCCCGAGAAUAUUGACCAAAUCUACUUGUCCGUAGCGGUCAUGGAUUACGACCGUGUAGGUCACAAUGAGAUCAUCGGCGUGUGUCAAGUAGGCAACGAAGCUGAGAGGCUGGGCAGAGACCACUGGAGUGAAAUGUUGUCAUAUCCGCGCAAGCCCAUUGCACACUGGCAUUCCCUGGUGGAGAAACGAUGACUAUGGGUAAGAGGACCACUUAUGCCAAGAACACAGUAGGACAACCAUCUUACAAAGAUCUUCAGUAACUUUUCCCAUCCAACAACAUCCAGACGACGCCAGUGACCAAAUAAUUCAGCUGUAACCACAGCAAUAACUGGCCCUCUUUCCAGAUUGGGUUUGCUGAACGUGAACAGUCCAGCCGUCUUCAGGUGGCCUAAGGUGGUAUGCUGUAGGGGAAGCACAUCUCUUCUGGCCAAGAAUUGAGAUUGGACUAUGGAAGAAACCACCUGAUACAGUGAGAGUACUCAGAGUACCUAAAGGACUCUUAAUGAUUAACAUAAGGCCCUUGGUGAUGGGGUCGUAGCAGCUGCCCUGGCAAUGUCACUCUGACAUGAUGUUAUUUGCUUGAAGGCCCUGGAAGGACAGAAUAUUUUAAAAUCUAUCCAGGUGCUAAAUAGGCAGCAGAUCUAAUUCACACUGGACUACCACUGAGCUAAUAGUUGUCUCCAGAAAAUAAUUUCACCCAAGAAGUACUCCAGCUUUGCAAGGAAUAGCCCCAGGAGAGUAAUAGGAUAAGCAGGCUGUUACCCCGGAGAAAAUCGAGUACAAAGAGGUCUAGUUCACAGCAAAUUCACUGCCUACUCCCAUGUACAUGGCAGUGAGUACCAGUUGAUCAUGGCCCUCUCUUCUGCAAAACCCAGAUGUGAGGAGUCAGAAUCUCCAACACUGUUUUCAAGAUAGCCAGUAGCCACUUCCUUUCAACUGGUGUUGGCAAUGAGAAUGAAAGUUCAUUGUCAUCCCUGUUAGAGAGGCAUACAUCUCAAUGGCAUAGGCAUUCUGGAAUACCCUUUCCCAGGUACAUUUGUCCACUGAGAGAACAGCCUCAGAAACAGAAGUACCAUGGAGUGAGCUGAGUUCUUGGAGAGAUGAUACGGCUGGCCCCUGAUUGAAGGCACAACUUUUGGGCCUUCUUGGCCUGAGUGCCUUCUGGGGUAUUUCCAUAUGCAACAGCCCAGAGGCAUAGCCUUGGGCAGCCACCGACAGGUUUCCUUUCACUUCCGGACACAUGCAUCACUUUCACAGCACUUGGGGAAUGGAAAUACCUGCAGGAGUGAAGGUCAAGGGCUCUCCCCGGGUAUCACAUUCAUUACUCAGCUUCCUUUGUGACCACAUCAGCCAACCCACUGCCAGCUGUGUUCUUCAUCCUCAUUGCCUCUGCCUCCAUACAAAUGAAACUAAAGGCCUCAGCAUGCCCUGGGGGUGGUGUUGUUACCUAGUGGCCCUCUCUCUCCCAUUAUAGGUGUAAGGUGCCCUGUCCAUACAUUUGCACCAUUUCUCCAAGACAGCAUUUCCCUUUCAUACAAUCUCUUUGCAGCAGAAUCCAGAGUUGGACUGUAGUUUACCUUCCUGGGAAGCUCAUUUAUCUUCAUUUGAAUGAACACUUCCAUGUGGGACUAACUUGGUGGAAGCACAAUCAUUGCAGGUCUUCAGAAAGUUCUUAUUGCCACAGCUACCCAGUACAAGAAACUACCCUAAUGUCAGAUCUUAAAAGGAUGGAGACCUUUGGUUGUAUGAGGCAGUGUUACAAUUUUCCAGCUUCAUGUGUUCCCCAGCCUGCCUAAUCCAUUUCCAUCUCUGAUUGGCUUUCAACCUCCAGGACCCAAAGGGAACCCAAGGUUCUGCCUAUGUCUGUUGACAUGAGAAGAAUUCAACUUUCUUUGCCCAAGGUUCCCUCUGCCUAUUCCUCUGCAUUCAGACAUCUUCCAUCAUACCAGUGUUUAGAACCAAAGCAUGAAGGACUAGUGCCAGCAGGAUAGUCAGCAGAAAUAUUAUCUCUAGAUGCAGGCAGAUGAGCCCAGAGGAUGGUCCCAGAGAAACCAGACUGGCCCCAAUAGAUAUCCGGCAACCAUCCCAAUAAACAUUGACUUGUCCUUGGCACUGGGAGCCUGGGCAGGAGAUCCUGGGGCAGCUGUGCCUAUUGUUCCCCAGGCUAAGAUCUUCCUGCCUAAAGAACUAGCAGCCCUGGGGUACUUAUGAGUAUGCUACUGGCUUGUUGGUAUGAAACAGAAGGUGGCUUUGUAGGGGCCAGCAGGCAAAGAGGCAGGCAGGUGGCUUGUGCUGGAAAGCUUUGCCUAACAGUCCAGCCGUGGCCAGAGGCUGGUUAUAAAUUUGAACUCCCUGAGCCCAUCUGCAACUCUGCCUCUGUUCUCUUGCCUUCUGUUUGGUUUCCCUUUAGUUUCCUAGUAAAUGUUCCUUUUGAAAAAUUCCAACCUUGUUUCAUUGAACUUGGGGGGAAGAUAAUUCUCCGUUGUCUUUUCCAGGAUAGAGAAGGAAAUUAAAGUACCUUGAAAAAAUGGAAAUGGCAGUGGAAAGGGAUAUAACCUGGUUAGAUCUUUGGAAGAGACCUUGGGGAAAACUGGUUCCAAGAGAUGGGGAGAAACCAACUGUCUCCCUCAAUCACCUGGCACUGAUUCUCAGCCCAUUCCUCUUGCUGCCUUUGUCUUCAAGGAGAUCUGCCCUAUUUGAGUGUUCCCGCAAAAGCAUCUUCCCAGCCAGUGAACUGGGCACAUUUUGCAGGCGAUAUGAUACCUAGGAAGUACACUGGUGCAUGACCAGAGGAGGAAUAGGGGAGGGGAGGGAAAGGAAUGGUUUCUACAGUGUGGAUGUUUUCAAAAUGCCCAAACAAGCAUGACUCUAAAUGGAAUGAUUUUGUCCUUAUGGCCAUCAGUAGAACUACAUUUCAUAUGAAGAGAAGAAAGGCAUACUCUCAAGCCAACAAGACUGACAAAAGAUAGAUAUGGAAAAUGUCUUGCUAUCUUCAUGGCCAUCCUGUCCUGGUGGAUGUUCCAAUUAUCUAUCGCUGCAUAACAAAGCACUACAAAACUUAGUGGUUUAAAUGACAAGUUAUCUCUCAUGAUUCUGUGGGUUGGCAGUGUUUAGGUGAUUGCUCUCUCUUGGAGUCUUACGGUUGCUAUCAGAUGGCAGCUGAGGCUGGUAUCACCUGAAUACGGAACGGGGCAGGAUAUCCAUGAUGGACUCUUUGCAUAUACAUCUGGCUCCUCUAUUGGGAUGACCAGAACAGCUGGAGGCUCAUUGGGCAUCUCUCUACACAUAGUCUCUCCACAUGGUUAGCUUGUGCUUCCUCACAACAUGGAGGUCUCAAGGCAGUCAGACUGCUUUCAUAGCGGCUGGCUUCCCCCAGAGCUAACAUUGCAAGAGGUCCCAGUAGAUGCUGCAAGGCUCUUCUAAAUAACCUCAGAAGUAACACAGAGUCAUUCCCACCACAGACUGUUGGUCAAAAGCAAGUCAUAGGGCCAGCCUAGAUUCAAGGGGAAGGGAUUACACAAGAAUGGAAUACCAGAAAGUGUGGCUCAUCUCAUCGGGGCCACUUUGGAGAUAGUGGGGAUGGGA